AUGCUCUCCUCCACGGCGCUCCUAGCCGUGCUGCGCCUGGCGGGCGUUCUCACCUUCGCGGACGCCUCCGCAACACCCGACGUGGCUAGCAGUACUUUCGUGCCUCUGCAAACCCUCGCCCGAGUGCUGCCUCUCUCCCUCGCGUAUAUGCUCAACGUGGUGAUCAGCAUGGCGAGCAUAAGAGGGGUCAACGUGCCCAUGUACACGGCUCUCAGGCGCACCACAGUCGCCUUCACCCUCAUUGCAGAGCGCCUGCUGGCGAGCAAGCAGCACUCGGUCUACACGCUCGUCAGUGUGGCAGUCAUAGUGGCAGGAGCACUGGUGGCAGCCGUAAGGGACUUCUCAUUCGAGGCCUACGGCUACUCAGUCGUUCUCCUGUCAAACCUCACCACCGCUCUGUACCUCACUCUUAUUGCGAGGCUGGGCAAGUCCACUGGGCUCAAGAGCUUCGGCCUCAUGUGGUCCAAUGGCAUCAACUGCAUACCCGCGCUGCUCCUCUGGACGUUCGUCUCGGGGGAGAUUCAACGGGCGCUAGCGUUCCCUGCGCUGCUUGACCCUGCUUUCCUGGUGGUGCUGUCAAUGUCGUGUCUCAUGGCCUUUGCACUCAACUACACGGUGUUUCUCAACACCUCUCUCAACUUGGCCCUCACUCAAAACAUGUGCGGCAAUCUCAAGGAUUUAGGAACGGUUGUGAUCGGUUGGGCUCUCUUUGGAGGCCUGCCAUUUGAUGUGGUGAGUGGCAGGCAAGGGUGA